ACAAAUGCUUAGGGCUCCUUUGGGCAGGGUGUUUGUGGUUCUGCCUCUCGGAAGAGGAAGAAGAAAAAAGGGGACGACGGACACAGCCCUCCAUUUUGCACGCCUCUCCUCCCCUCUUCCGCUUUCCAGGGCUUGCAGGUUCUCCUUGCUGGUGAUGGGGCACUUGAUGUGCCAGCCACACGGGGGAUGCCUUCUUGUGCUGUGAUCAGCGAGACAGGACAAGCAAUGAGGAUGAGUGUAUGUCUCCCAGUGAAGACCAUGAAGCCAGUGUCUCACCUUAUGCAUUCCAUCAGGCAAAACUGGAGCAGCCCUCAUGAUGAAGAGGCUGAGCAUUGCACUUAACCUGUCCUUCACUGAGAUCCCUGGGUCUUUGUUGUUCCUCAGGUGACAAACUCCAGGGUACAGAGUCCUCACUGUGACCAUCAUGGAACCUGGAGCCCAGAGCCAGCAGGAGGCAUCUACCGUGUCUAGCAUGCAGAGUGCAGAAAACAUUGCCUCAGAGUUAAAUGCUGCUUUGAGAAAUGGCCAGAGGGAAAGGGUGCUGGAGCUGCUGGAGAAUGGGGCAGAUGUGAACUCCAAAGUAGAAUGCGGAUGGACACCUCUUCACAGCGCUGUGCAAGCUGGUGACAAGGAGAUGGUCCAGCUUCUGCUGGCCAGAGGUGCAUGCCCGCACACCAGGAAGGACAAUGGUGGCACUGCGUUUAUUGAGGCAGCCAUGGUGGGAAACCUGGAAAUACUGGAGCUCCUCUUUGGUUGUGGGUUUAACAUUAACGACAGUGACGACAAUGGAUUCACUGCUUUCAUGGAAGCUGCUUGGUAUGGGAAGGAGGAGGCCUUGAGGUUCCUGCAUAGCAAAGGAGCAGAUGUGAAUUUGAGGAGGACAGCCAGUGAGGAGAAGAAGAAACUGAACAAGGGAGGGAAGACUGCACUGAUGGAUGCUUGUUGGAGAGGCCACUUCUCGGUGGUAAAAACUCUUAUCCAGGAGAUGGGGGCUGAUCCGAACGUUUGUGACAAUGAAGAUAGGAAUGCUUUGAUCCAUGCCCUCAAGGAUUGUGAUAGGGAAAAAAGUGAGUCAGAUGUCUCUGAAAUAGGCCUUUUCCUGCUGGACCAUGGUGUUGACGUCAACUGCAAAGAUGAAACUGGUAAAACUGCCCUCAUCCUAGCUGUGAAAAGGAAGAAUACAAGCUUGGUGAAAGCUCUAUUGGACAGGGAUGACAUAAAUAUCGAUGAUGCAGGUGAGGAUGGCCAAACAGCUCUGAUGGUGGCUGUAGAGAAGAAUACUUACGAUAUAGCAGAGAUGCUGUGUAAAAAAGGAGCAAGGACUGACAUUGGGGAGCUUAUUGCUGCUGCAAAUAGGAAUCGUGCUAGUGAAAUGGCGCGUCUUCUUCGCAAGUAUAAUGCCAGGUUUGUUCCAACAAACCCUGAUGCCUGGGAGCCAAAAAGCAAACGCUGGAGGGACCAGCUGCAAAGUCUUCAUAAUAUGUAUCGGCCCAUGAUUGGCAAGCUUAAGGUAUUUCCAUAUGCCCGUCAAAGAAUUCAGAGCACUUCCCAGGGUAACAUCUACCUUGGACUCUACGAUGGGAUGGAGGUGGCAGUAUGGAUACGCCGCAGCGCAGAAGGUAAUGAGGAGAAAACAUUCCUUGACCAGUGUGCAAGCUGUGAACGUCUGCUGAAACUCUCCCAGUCUGAGCAAGAAAAGGGCUGCAUGUACUUGUGCUUCCCUCUCUGGGAGAAAAACCUCGAAGAACAUCUGCAUGACCCAGGAGACCAAAAGGACUACAAAGGCAUCCUGAGGAUGAUCUUCCAAGCAGUGAGAGAGCUGCACUCACUCGGGUUUGCUCACCAGGCUCUGCAUCCCAAGAACUUUUUGAUAGAUUUAGGUGGCAAAAUCUACUUGGUGGAUUUUGAUAACUCCAGAAAGUUGACUGAAGGCAAAAUGGAACUUAUCUACAAAGACUUAGAGAACCUCAGCAAGCUCAUGCUGUAUGUUUUAACAGGGGGUAGGAAACCCCUUAAUGAAGUCAGUACUAAGGAUUUGGAUGCAGGUUCCAUGGAUUAUGAGGAGGCUUUGGACCUUAUUGAGAGCCUGGCCUGUCAUGAUGAACGGGGCUUGGAAGGUCUGAGCGAGCACCCCUAUUUCUGGAGCAAACAGAAGAAGUUCAACAUCCUGAAGACUAUAUGGAAUAAAAUCAAAGAUCUGACUGAUGAUAGAAUGGAUGCUUUUGGCGUGCUUAAUGCUGGAGAAUGUGUUCCUUACCCAAACUGGACUGAGCAGAUUAAUCAACAGAUUCUGGGCAUCAUGUGCAAGCCUGGUGAUGGAAAAAAGCCUGGUGAUGGAAAAAAGUCCAGUGAUGGAAAAAAAUUCUUCUACACGAAGAAGAUCACAGACCUACUGAGGCUCAUUAGAAAUCUGGAUGAACACCCUAAUAAGAGGAUCACUGAAAUAACAGGAGACUACGCUGAGUAUUUCCUGAAGCUUUUUCCUAAACUGACCAUUUAUGUCUACAACUGCUUACGCCAGCAUCCCAGAUACAGUCACUUCAUAGACAUUCAGGACUCUUCUCCAUAGGAAGUCAUUGCCUCAUAUUCUGUGGCUGAUCCCACUUUCUCUGCGUCCUUCAGCUGCAAAAGAGUUGAAGAAAGUGGGUAAGGAGAUGAGAGCGCACGCAGGGGCAGAGCAUAGAGGACUUGAUCUAAGAAAAUGGAAGAUGGUUCAGAAGAGGUGGCUGGUGUAGGAACCAAGGGCUUGGGAGGGGAGCCAAGCUGAGUGUUAGCUCAGUGACUUCCCCACCCCUCUGGGCUUGAUGACCUCUUGGAGAUGGAGACCUUGUGGCAUCUUGAUUGUCCAUGGGGUUGCUUGUUUCUCUGUUAACAACUUGCAGGGGGUUGUACAAUGAUUAUAUGGUGCUUAUGGAAAUAUUUUUGUGUUCUUGAAUGGGUUUUUAAUGCUUUGAAAAACUGAUUGGUGUUCCAUUAGCCAAUGCAGAACCAAGCUGGGAAUAAACUUGCUUGGGAAACUGACAA